GAGCGGUAUAGGCUAUUGAAGCGGGUUGCUUGCAGUAGACCGACAUCGGUAGCGAAGCUCUUAUAAUUAUAUGCUUCUUCGAGGACAUUGUCUUGUUGUCUGUGCAAACAAGCUGCCGAAUACCCCGCCGUUUCUACCCUGUCGCUGUUGCGGGCCGUGUCUGUGAAAAGAUGGCGGAUCAAUCAUACCUCAUUGUCGGCGCCGGCAUCUUUGGCGUUUCUACAGCAUACUAUUUGAAGCAGAAAUACCCCAAUGCUUCCAUAACCGUUGUUGAUCGUGACGCCUACGACGCCGAUAGCCGCGUUGCUGCGUCUUGGGACUGGAACAAGGUCGUCCGCGCCGAUUACGACGACUACACAUACUGCAAGCUCGGGCUCGAGGCCCAAGACAUCUUCGAAAGCGACCCGCUAUGGCAGCCGUACUUUCACAAGACGGGCUUGUACUGGAUGUGUGGCCGUGCAUAUUCCAAAAAGGUCAUUGACAACUUCAAGAGGCUUGGUAGAGGUGACGCGCUCGAGGCAAUCCCCAUAGAAAAGGCGCGGAAGCUGUACGGUGGCCUGUUUGACGAAUCCGACUACGAAGGUGUCGAUGAAGUUCUUAUUAAUAAAAUCAGCGGCUGGGCAGCAGCAGGCGACUGUCUGCGAGCCGUGACAAAGAAGAUUAUUGAGCAGGGCGUCAAGUAUGUCGUUGCUGAGACAGUUGCCUUGAGCUUUGACGGCCAGCGCAGAUGCAAUGGUAUUCACACCCGCAGCGGACGCACAAUCAAGGCGGACAAAGUAAUUCUGUGCACCGGCGCAUUCACACCGACACUACUCGACUGGAGCGCCGUAACCAGUGGUAUAGACGACCUGCGUUCUGGCGACCGAAUCCUCGCGGGAGGCAUCACGACCGGCAUGGUAAAGCUUGACGAUGAGACAUACAAAAAGUAUGAAAACAUGCCUGUUGGCAUCCAAGGCUAUACAGCCAAAGAAGGACCGUUUGUUGGCAGCCUUCCUCCCACCCCAGACAGAGAGCUUAAGUGGUGGGGGAACAUUAUUUUCAAAAACACCCGCGAGGUUUCUGAAGGGUCUCAUUUAUCAGCACCCCCUGGCCAGCCAGACUACGCACAGUGGGAUGUGUCUCGGAAAAUGCGAGACGACAUCCGCUAUGUGAGCAGCGUCUUUUAUGGCAAGCGGGCAGCGAAUUGGAAGAUGAGCAAGCACCGCGUGUGUUGGGAUGCGUUUACCACGAGCUCCGACUUUAUUAUUGCGCCUCAUCCGGCGGCGCAGGGCUUAUUCUUGGCCACGUGCGGUUCGUUCCACGGCUUCAAGUUCUUCCCUGUCAUCGGCAAGUACGUGGUGCAGAUGCUAGAUAAUGUAUUGGAGGAGGAGCUUGUUGGCAAGUGGGCUUGGGAUAGGCAUCGGCCUGACCCGAAGCUGAACCCGGACUGGCCAAGCACCGAGAUGCGAGAACUUUUGGACCCGGUUCGCCCGUCCAAGUUGUAAUGAGGAAACAUGAUAUAUCAAAGUACAUACCAUGUAGGAAGAAAACGUUAUCAUCUCGCCUGAAAGUCUGCCGCGUCUUUUUUUUUCUUUGCGUGUAUUUGCUUCUGCGGAUGCUACGCGACGUCUGGGCGAAGGUGUUGUGGUGUUGGUGUUUUGCUUUUUCUGGCUAUCGGCAAAUGUGCUCUUUUGCCAUGGCGCGCCGUCACUCCUCUCUGGAGAGAAGCUUCUUUUUCAUGGUGGUCACAGGACGUCCAGUAAAAAGUAAAACCCCUUUGACUUGAAUGUUUCCAGCAAUUUGGUUACUGCCGCCUCCUGAGCACGGCAUUGGCGCUGAAGAAACUGUACAGCUGCACGGGCAGCCACAAAGAGGAGUCGCAGGCCGAUGAACCCGCAUUCGUCUGUGUUGAAGUGAUUAAUGGAGAAUAUUAUGGCGUCCGCGGCGGAUUCAGCGGUUGGCUUAGACGAGUUGGCUGACUGCCGGUACCGUUGAAACGCCGCAAUAUGAGAGAGGCUGCUUAGGCGCUCCAGGGCAUCAAACACCAUCAGUUGGCAGGCUAGUCUGUUUUGCGUGGCAGUAAAUUCAUGCAAGUUUUUGGGCUUCUCUCCUGUAUUCUGAAGGCACUCCCCUGUUUGUUUGAUAAGGAUGAGUACCUUGUCAUGCUGGAGGUCAAACUGCUCCAUCAGCCUGGAAUAUUCCGUGUGUGUCUGUGCGGCUUCGCAAAUUUGAUUGCUAAGAGAAAGUAAUUCAGGUACUUGGGACAAGGUAUCCAAGGAUGCAUGCAUAUUGUUUUUAGCAACGCGCACCCAAGGCUGUUCCAGCCAGUCACGUUCCGCAAGGAAUGAUGGCUUCUCUUCCAAAAUCGCAAUGUAGAGCUGCAGAGUAUGUUAGGUGAUGUAAAUGGAUGGAGCGUGCUAAGACGACACUUACGAGUGCCACACGGGCAUGUAUAAAAAGAAUAUGUGGUGCAGCAGUUUGGAAUGAUUUUGGGCCUGCCAAUUGGAGGAGGGUGGCUAAUCCCAUGCCGUGAUUGAGCGUCUUUUUCGUUGAUGCUAACGAUGAGGGAGAUAGUGACUAAUUAUGAAAAGUUAACAUCUCAUACACCCAUAGAUCGAAGAACAUACUUCAUAUAGGAGUAGCAAGCUAACACCAAGCAACGGCCGGAACCAAUUGGUCUUGUCAGCCGUAUCCCAGAGAGCACGAGCAUGGCUGAGAGCGUCGCCAUAUAGAGUCAUGCUCUCAUGCUUUAAAUUUAAGUCUUCAUUCUUCCUGGAGAGGAAAAGUGUCCCUAGGGCGCAUGCAGUGGUGUCCAGGAGCAGGAACGUCUCCUUGUUCUCCGAGAUGGUGGCCACCCACGAGUAGCUCGAGGAUUCUAACAAUGCCGGAUUGCUUGGAAAAUAAAAUCUAAGGAAUUGGUCAAAAAUAUUACUGCGCUUUAAAGAUCCUGCUAGCAAUGGGCAAUUGGCAAGAUCUUUAGCGGAGGGUAAAGUCUUCGAUGACGUCGGUCGCAAUACAAGCUGUUCGUGGCUUGGG